AUGACACCACAUGUGGGGCGAGUAAAUGAGGGUAGAAGUACUCUAGAAGACAUUCUGAAGCCAGCAGCAAGAAUACGUCUAACCGUAACUAUAAGCAGAGUAUGGAGCAACAGAGGGAAGCUCGUGAAGCUCGGGGCUGUUCAGGUGCUUCUGAACAUGGCGAGGUUAGGACAGACGAUGGCUCGGGUUUUGUUGAUUCUCUGUAACAUGGCUUCGUGUCCGGUGAGUCGACCCGCUUUGCUUGACUCGGGGGCUGUGGAGUGUAUGGUUGGGAUUCUGAGAGGGCCGAGGGAGGUUACUGAGUCGACUCGGGAGAGCUGUGUUGCGGUUUUGUAUGGACUGAGUCACGACGGAGGGUUGAGGUUUAAAGGUUUGGCUCUGGCGGCGAACGCGGUGGAGGAGCUGACGAAGGUGGAGAGGAGUGGGAGAGAGAGGGCGAAGCAGAAGGCGAAGAGGGUUUUGGAAGUGAUGAGAGCUAAGAUGGAAGAUGAUUCUUCGCCGGAGAAUGAGGAGAUUGAUUGGGAAGAGCUGCUGAACUCUGGUAGUGUAUCUCGGAGUCAGUAUCGACUCGGUGGCGACGGUGAGAAGUCGCGUGUUAACUCGUCCGAGUUUUGA